AUGGCGACAUCAACACUUUUCAUCGCUCUUCAAUGCUUCAAUUGCUCCACCAUGCAGAAACAAUCUGUUCGCAAAAUCUUCGCUCAAGGUUACAAAGCUAAGGACAUUCGCUCUUUCGUUCAAUCCGUCAAUAUGUCCAGAAAGUCCAUUGAAGAAGAUGAUCAGCAGCAGUGGCUCCUCGCCGGAACCCUAAAUCCUACACCAGAGGAACAUGUUCGCGGAGAAUAUGAAUUUCCAGCUGAUUUAACCGAUAAGAAGAAGUGUAAAACUGAUUGGAGUUUGUAUCUCGAUAAUGACGAUCAUCGCGCCACCGAGAGAGACGGACAACAGCAACAUGACUGGCACGUGUCAGAUACACCUUGGAUUUGUAGUGUCAAUAUAGCAGAACUAGUUCAUUUUCACAGCUUUAGGUUGCUUUCAUUUUGA